AUGGGAUUUUCCAUUGCUCAGGAGGACAUCGUUCCAAGCCAUCUCGGCCCCGAAUACCUGGGGUUUGACCAUAUCUGCUGGUAUGUUGGCAAUGCUAAGCAGGCUUCAUCAUAUUAUAUCACACGUUGGGGGUUCAAACACAUUGCCUACAAAGGACCAGAAACUGGUUCCCCGCACAUUGCAGGCCAUGUUAUAAAAAACGGAGACGUGGUCUUUGUCUUCAUUUCCCCCAUUAUUUCUGCGCCCUGCGACAAGCUGGAUCAUAAAACGUCGAAGAGGGAAAAACAGCAACUCCAAGAAAUACAGGAUCACCUUGCCAAACAUGGAGACGGAGUCAAGGAUGUGGCGUUCCGUGUCAAUGCAGAUGUCAGACCCAUUUUUAACAAGGCUAUUGCUGCCGGAGCCCAGGCUGUACAGGAACCAACUAUCACCAAGGAUGAUUUGGAGGGGGUGAUACAGAUAUGCACAAUUGGCUCGUAUGGAGACACAACUCAUACUCUGGUUAAUCGGGAACUCUACAAGGGUUAUUUUAUGCCUGGAUUCGAGCCUGUUUUUGAAAAUGAUCCAAUCGAGCGCUUUCUUCCCCCGGUUCAGUUCAUGAACAUUGAUCAUUGUGUUGGGAAUCAGCCUUGGAAUGGGCUGGAUCCUGCAGUCAGGUUCUAUGAGGACUGCCUUGAUUUCCAUCGCUAUUGGAGUGUAGAUGACAAGACGAUGUGUUCCGAAUACUCCGCCAUGCGUUCAGCUGUCGUGGCAUCGCCCAAUGAAGUCAUCAAAAUGCCACUUAACGAACCCGCAAUUGGAUUAAAGAGAUCUCAGAUAGAAGAGUUUGUCGAUUACUACAACGGCGCUGGCGUGCAACACAUUGCGUUCUUAACAAAUGAUAUUCUAGAAGCGAUUGCCACCCUUCGCGAACGAGGGGUCAAGUUCAUCUCUGUCCCAAACAGGUACUAUGAUACCUUGCAUGAUCGCCUAGCGAAAGCCGGGAUGGCUCUCAACGAGGACAUCGAGGCGUUGAGGAAACAAAAUAUUUUGGUCGACUUUGAUGAUCGCGGCUACCUGCUUCAAAUAUUCGCAAAACAUGUUGUCGACAGACCUACUGUUUUCAUUGAGGUUAUCCAACGCAACAACUUUGAUGGGUUCGGGGCUGGAAAUUUCAAGGCAUUGUUCGAAGCGUUUGAGCGGGAGCAAGCCCUACGAGGGAAUCUUUGA